AUGAAGGCAGCUUCCUUUCUUCUUCUGGUGGCAAUAGCGUUGCUGCUGUCCUCUUUAGCGACGACAAAUGGCGCCGUGGCUGAUAAUAUCGAGUCGUCGCCGAGGGCGACAACGUGCAGGCGCGGGGAGCUGCCGACGAAGCUGGCGAUGGUGUGUUGGAAGGCGAUCUUCGAGGUGCCCUUCUGCGUCUUCGAGAUAGUCAAGGUUUACGAAGGCGGGUCGGUGUUCGACAUCGGCAAGCCUUGUUGCCGGGCGUUCGUCGACCUCUCCGACGACUGCAGGAUCGAGGUUUUCCAGCAUUCCAAGUUUUUCCCUGUGAUCGAGGGAUUCUGUAAAGCCGUUAUCGGCGCCGGACCUAUCGGCGGCGGUAGCGGUGUCGUCCGAGCUCCGCCUCCUCAUCACCACCAUCAUCAUUCCGGCUGA